AUGGCUCUGGGGUAUGCCUUUGUUGUGUGGUCUGGGGCGGUGAAUCACAAAACGAAAUGCAUUGGGUACUGGGUUCUCUCAAUUCGCUCCUCCUGUAUUCCAAAGGUUGAUCCUGUUUCAGCUGGGGUUCAGUAUGAUAAGGGGUUCACUGUAUGUGCGCUUGAUUUGCUCUCUGGACUAACAGCGGGACUUGGUAGUGGAAUAGAGAGUUUGGCUUCACAGAGCGAUUUGAGGAACUUGCUUCUGCAGUGUUGCAUGGAUGAUGCAUCUAAUGUUCGACAAAGUGCCUUUGCACUUCUUGGCGACCUUGCGAGAGUGUGCCCUGUUCAUUUGCAUCCUCGUUUGUCUGAGUUUCUUGAUAUAGCAGCAAAGCAACUGAAUACUCCCAAGAUAAAGGAAACCAUUUCAGUAGCAAAUAAUGCAUGCUGGGCUAUCUGCGAGCUAGCAAUUAAGGUACGUCAAGAAAUUUCUCCAAUUGUCGUGUCAGUGAUCUCGUGUUUGGUUCUGAUCCUCCAACAUGCAGAGGGGCUCAACAAGUCGCUUGUUGAAAAUAGUGCAAUUACUCUAGGGAGACUUGCAUGGGUCUGUUCAGAUCUUGUAUUACUACACAUGGAGCAUUUCAUGCAAUCAUGGUGUAUUGCUUUGUCUAUGAUACGAGAUGAUAUUGAAAAAGAGGAUGCCUUCCGAGGUCUAUGUGCAGUGGUCAGGGCAAAUCCAUCAGGGGCUCUGAGUUCACUUGUUUUCAUGUGUAAAGCUAUUGCAAGUUGGCAUGAAGUAAGGAACGAAGAACUACAUAAUGAAAAUUUUCAGGUCUUGCAGGGUUACAAACAUAUGCUUAGGAAUGGGGCGUGGGACCAAUGUAUGUCUGCUUUGGAGCCAACUGUUAAGGAUAAACUUUCAAAUUAUCAAGUAUAAGAACGUCGUCGUUGU